GAGAAAAAUAAUCAGACGUCAUUCGACCAAUCGCCUCUCUACAGGGGCUUUCCAUCAUGGCGUCUAUGCAGAGAAGAUUACAAAAGGAAUUGUUGGCAUUGCAAAGUGAUCCACCACCUGGAAUGACACUGAACGAGAGAAGUGUACAGAACACAAUCACAGAGUGGCUCAUAGAUAUGGAGGGUGCACCAGGCACUCUUUACGAGGGAGAGAAAUUUCAGCUCCUUUUUAAAUUCAGUGGUCGAUAUCCUUUUGAUUCACCUCAGGUAAUGUUCACUGGAGAGAAUAUACCUAUUCAUCCACACGUGUAUAGCAAUGGUCACAUCUGUUUAUCUAUAUUAACGGAGGACUGGUCACCAGCUCUGUCUGUGCAGUCUGUUUGUUUAAGCAUUAUUAGCAUGCUGUCUAGCUGCAAAGAAAAGCGACGUCCUCCAGAUAACUCUUUUUAUGUAAAGACAUGUAAUAAGAAUCCAAAGAAAACAAAGUGGUGGUAUCAUGGUGAGUCUGUCCCAUUUUCUUCAACUUUUCUUCUUCACGUGACUUUGUAUUGACAGAAUUAUUUUGGUAUCAAAUACUUAUAUAAUAAAUCUAAUAUUUAUUUAGGAGGUGUUCACCCCAAAAUUUUAAUCCUCAUCAUUUACUCACCCUUAUGCCAUCCCAGAUGUGUAUGAAUUUGUUUCUUCUGUAGAACACAAUUAAGGAUUUUUAGAAGAAUAUCUCAGCUCUGUAGGUCCACAGUGAAUGGUGAUCAAAGCGUUGAAGCUCCAAAAAUCACAUAAAUCCUGCAUAAAAGUAACCAAUAGAACUCCAGUGGUUUUAAUCCAUGUCUUCUGAAGCAAUCUAAUUGGCUUCGAGUGAGAAAAGUCCAAAAAGUAAAUACUUUUUCACUGUACAUCAUGCCUUUGCAGUCUCUAGGCACUAUCGUGAUUAUAAGCUUGAUUACACUUCCUAGUACUUCACGCAUGCGCAAAUCGCUAGGAAGUGUAAUCAAGCUUGAAAUCAUGAUCGCCAAAGAGAACUGAUGAUGUCAAGAUUUAUGGUGGAAAACGAGUUAUAUUUUGGUCUGUUUUCAUCCAAAAUCAAUUAGAUCCCUUGGAGUAAACCACUGGAGUCAUAUUGGUUACUUUUAUGCUGACUUUAUGUGCUGUUUGGAGCUUCAAAGUUCUGACAACCAUUCACUUGCAUCGUAUGGACCUACAGAGCUGAGUUUUUUUUUUUUCUAUAAAUCUGCAUUUGUGUUCUGCAAAAGAAAGAAAGUCAUACACAUCUGGAAAGGCAUGAAGGUGAGUAAAUGAUGAGAGAAUGUUCAUUUUGGCUGAACUAUUUCUUUAAGUGACUUUUUAGUAACCAUAUGUUGCUUUACUUUAAAUCACAUUCUGUCACUUUCUCUGUUCACCUAUUUUUGCCUCCCUUGUUUUGAUACAGACGAUACAUGCUAGUAUCUAAGCACACCAUUUGGAAAUAGACUUUCAGUUUAUUAUAUUCAGUCUUUGAAUUACGACUGAACCAGCAGACCCUGGCAAUUUGUGUAUGGAUCAGGCACACACUUCUGCUUACUGCAAAAGUGCAUAGAAACUGCAGGAAUGUAACCCACCCAGCAAGUAUAUUUUGAUGGACGCAAGAUGUGGGGAUCUUUUUUUAUUAUUAUUUUAAUUUUUUUAUUAUUAUUUUUAAAUGUUUGAUUCAUGGUGUAUUGUUUUCUUUCAUGAGCCUUUAGGGGUUUUCAACCAUAUGUGCAAUAAUAACUUGAGCAUGGGUUUGUUAUAAAAGGAAAGUCAGUGCAAAUCAGAAAACUACUGUAAUGAAUGAAUCAUCAAAAGUAGAGACGAAUGUCUGUCUCUGCCUUGCUUGAUCAUGCACUGAAAUUUGAACAGGGCAAAGAUUUUAAAUGAUUUUUGUCUGUAUAUUUUAAAACCAUAGUUUAUUUUAAGAAAUAAGCCAUUUUAAGUUGUGCAUUGUAGUUGGGUGUGGUGGAUAGUACUAUUCUGAUGAAUUUACAAUUAAUUAAUAUGUACAGAUUUGAUGCAGGGUGGUGAUCGUAUUACAUGAUCUUAAAGGUAAUUUGAGAUUACACAAAAAAGGUUUUAUGGGUUAAUAUUAAGCACUGAUUUUAUAGAUGGACCCACGAAGCGAUAACUUUAGACAUAAUCACUUUUAUCUUUCAUGUAAAGCUCUAUCUAGCGCUAAUAAAAUUGUCAGUUUGAUUUAAUGGUUGUGUACUGCUGUGCUGGGAAAGAUUAUUUUAAAAAGAUUGCUUUUCCCUGCUAUUAGCUGUAGAAAACCUUAAAGUUGUGUUUGUGGUUUUGUUAUAAUUUAAUUUAAUAUUAUUUAAAAGAA